UGAACGAUGGCAGGCCUACCAAAUAUUCCACACAAACGUAUUCAUAUAGAGAUUUUUCUCCAUCAAUUAUAGAUACUUCGUCUGCCAGAAAAGGUAGGAUACAAAAUGGCAGAAUCAGUUGUAUGCUUUGUGAUCGAUAAGUUAAUUUCACUACUCAUCACCACAGAAGCGAAACUUUCAAGAGACGUGCGUGCUGAAGUUGGUUUUCUCAGAGAUGAGCUUGAAAGCAUCCGAUCGUUCCUCAAGGAUGCAGAUGCUAAAGCAGCAGCAGCAGAAGGAGACAUGGUGACUGACAGUGCCAAAACUUGGGUCAAACAAGUAAGGGAAGCAGGUUUUUACAUUGAAGAUGUCAUCGAUGAGUAUUUGCUUCGUGUCACAAGGCACCAUCAAGACCGCGGAUUCGUUCGCUUUGUCCACAAAGUUGUUUGGUUUCUGAAGAAAAUGAAACCACAGGAUGAGAUAGCCUCAAAAAUAGAGGGCAUGAGAGCAUUGGUUAGUGAAAUCAAGGCUAGACAUGAAAGAUAUGGACCUAGUUCAAUUGAUCAGCAAGGUCAAAGCAGUGGAGAAAUUGUUGAUUCGUGGCAUGACCCUCGAGUGGCUUCCCUUUUCAUCGAGGAAGCUGAAGUUGUUGGUGUGGAUUCUGCCAGAGAUGAGCUGAUUAGUUGGUUGGUAGGAAAAGCAUCAGGAGGCGAAUACCGUGAAGUAAUAUCAGUGGUUGGCAUGGGAGGACUUGGUAAGACCACUCUCGCCAAGAAAGUCUAUGACAACCAAAAGGUGAUCGAACACUUCGAUUGCCAUGCUUGGAUUACAGUGUCUCAGACGUACAAGGUGGAGGAUCUUCUGAGGCAGAUGGUAAUGCAAUUCUACAAGGCCAGGAAGGAAUAUACCCCGGAGGGCAUUGACACAAUGGAAAAAGAAUCUUUAAUUAGAAAAUCAAGAGAAUUACUGCAGCAAAAGAGGUACGUGAUUGUGUUCGAUGAUGUAUGGAAAGUAAAUUUUUGGGAGGCGAUAGAACAUGUUUUACCGGAUAAUAAAGGCGGAAGAAUAGUGAUCACCACGAGGAUUAAAGAUGUUGCUGAUUUUUGCAAAAAGUCUUCUUAUGUUCAUGUUUACCGUUUGCAACCUCUGCCUCCAAACAAGGCAUGGGAAUUGUUUUGUAGAAGGGCAUUUCAAUAUGAAUUGGAGGGGAACUGCCCUGCAGAUUUGAAAGAUUUGUCUCUUGAAUUCGUUAGAAAGUGCGAAGGAUUGCCUUUGGCAAUUGUUUCCAUAGGUGGUCUGCUGUCAACAAAAGUUAAAGUUGUGUCUGAAUGGCAGAAGUUAUACAAUAGCUUAAGUUCAGAGUUAGAAAGCAAUCCCCACCUUACAAGCCUCACAAGAAUUCUAUCCUUCAGCUAUCAUCAUCUACCGUAUCACCUUAAAUCAUGUGUCUUGUACUUUGGCAUCUUUCCCGAGGACUACUCAAUUAGUUGCAUAAGACUAGUUCGGUUGUGGAUCGCUGAAGGCUUUGUGAAACCGAAGAGGGGCAAGACAUUAGAAGAGGUUGCAGAGGAAUACUUGACUGAACUGAUACAUAGAAGCCUGGUGCAAGUGUCACAGGUUUGGAUCGAUGGGAAAGCUAGAAGCUGUCGAGUCCAUGAUCUGAUGCGCGAAGUGCUCCUUAGAAAAGCGGUGGAUUCAAAUUUCUGUCAUGUGUUAUCAGAAAAUGAGUCAACAUUAAAGCCAGUAACUCGACGCCUCUUGAUAGACAGCACGCCCUAUGAUGCCUUGGGAAUCAUUGAACAGUCUCGCAUUCGUUCUUUAUUUACUUUCAACCGAGAACAAUGGCCCGAGUCUUUUCUCAGUACACUGAGUGGAAACUUUAAACUUAUGAAAAUAUUGGAUUUUGCAGAUGCUCCCCUGAAUCAUCUUCCGAAGUAUGUGGGGGAUUUGCAUCUCUUGAAGUACUUAAGCCUAAGGAAUACAAAGGUGAAGUUGCUUCCAGAGUCCAUAUGUAAUCUGCAAAACUUAGAAACCCUGGAUUUAAAACAGUCUCUGGUGUAUGAAAUACCAGCCAAGAUCAAUAAGCUUCUAAGGUUGCGACAUCUUUUGGCCCAUUAUACUGACCCCAGCAUAGAUUUCAGCAUGAUCAGUUACGAACGAGGAGUGAAAGUACAUGAUGGUAUUGGAUGCUUACAAGCUUUGCAAAAGUUAUACCAUGUGGAAACAAAUCACGGCGGAAUCAACCUAAUUAAAGCAUUGGAAAAGUUGAGGCAGCUGCGAAAGUUGGGCCUGAAAAACUUGAAACGUGAAUAUGGACAAGCUCUAUGUGCUUCGAUUGAAAAGAUGAACCACCUUGAAACUCUAGAAGUAAGCACAAUAAGUGAAGAUGAAGUCCUUGACCUGCAAUCCAUUUCAACUCCACCCGAAUCUAUUCGGUUUCUCUACUUGAAGGGGCCUCUAGAGAAGUUGCCAAGUUGGAUUCCAAAGCUUCAACAACUUGUCAGGCUACGAAUUUUUUGGUCAAGGUUGACAGAUGCCCCACUGAAAGCCCUUCAAAACCUUCCUAAUUUGGUAGAGCUUGGGUUCUCAUACAAUGCAUAUGAUGGUGUGCAACUGCAUUUUGAGGGAGGCUUUAAGGAACUCAGGGUGUUGAAACUCAAGCACUUGCCCAGACUAAACUCAUUGAUCAUAGACAAUGGGGCUAUGCCUCUUCUCCGAGAGCUACAAAUUGGGCCUUCCCCACAACUGAAGGAGGUGCCCUCUGGCAUCCAGCACCUCAGAAAUCUAAGCUCUCUUAGAUUUGUUGACACGCCAAAAGAGUUCCCACAACAUAUGGAUCCAAAUAAUGGCCAACAUUAUUGGAUUGUUGAACAUAUACAAGAUGUUCUUUUUAGUUACAAGUUGGGACCAAGAUGCGGUGUAUUUGAAACUCACGCCCUGCAUGAUUCCAAUUGGUGAAAGCCUAUCGACAGGUGAGUUUUAAUCCCAGAACACCCCAUAUAACUCACAAGGCUCAAAUGAAAUCGCCAAAUGUCAUUGUUGACAUGAUCUCUGUUAUUCUUUAUUAUUAUCAACUGUUUUAGAUGUUUGCUUUGUAUGAAAACAAAAAAUAAAAACUUCAUUCAUGUUUGUGAGGA